AUUAUCUUGACUUGGAUAAAAAAGACAGUCCAGAUCACAGAAGAUGUGACAGUGCUAAUAAGAGGAAAAGGAGAUCUUUAACUGGUCCACAGGAGAACAAGCACUGCAAACGUGAUCUUUCUAAACUUCCUGACAGAAGAGUCUUCGAAGGAAAAGAUCCAGGAGUGUAGAGGAUGAUGAGGAGGGUCACCUGAUCUGUCAGAGUGGAGACGUACUAAGUGCAAGAUGUAUAGAAAACUUUUCAAAAUUUAUUAACUUUUCAGCUAGAUAAGUUCUUUUAGCAUAAGAUGUGAGGGGGCUUUGGAAGUCUUUUCUUUCUGUCUUGACUAUUUUUUUUGUUUGGGGGUGGGGAUUGUUAUUCUUUUUCUGUAGAACUUAAAUAUUAUUUCUUUUUUCCCUUUUUUUUAUUUUCCCCCCAAAAUAGUAAAUGAAGUUAAUGAACCUACUAGAAUGAGAUCCCCAUAAAUGUGCCUUGAUGAGAGUUGUCCAGUAACAUCUCUCAAACUAGAUAUUUACAAUUUAAAGAAGAAAAGUCUAGAAUAAUCUUCAGUGAUAGUACUUAGUCUUUUUGUUUGUUUUUGUUUUAUUUUUAUUUGUUUGCUUGUGUUUUAAUAGCUGAGUGACUUGCCACCUUCUGUGACUGAGAGUUCUUUUCUUUGUAGAUGAGAUUGUUGGCACUUUGGGUGAAGGUGCUUUUGGAAAAGUAGUGGAAUGUAUCGAUCACAAAGCGGAAGGUAGACAUGUCGCUGUGAAAAUAGUAAAAAAUGUUGAUAGGUACUCUGAAGCAGCUCGUGCAGAAAUACAAGUUCUGGCACAUUUAAAUGCAUCGGAUCCCGACAACACAUAUCGCUGUGUCCAGAUGUUGGAAUGGUUUGAGUACUAUGGACACGUCUGCAUUGUUUUUGAGCUGCUGGGGCUCAGCACCUAUGACUUCAUUAAAGAGAACGGCUUCCAGCCAUUCAGGCUGGAGCACAUUAGGCAGAUGGCAUAUCAGAUCUGCAAAUCUGUGAACUUUUUGCAUUUGAACAAGUUGACACAUACGGAUCUGAAACCGGAAAAUAUUUUAUUUGUGACAUCUGACUAUGUCGAAGAGUAUAACCCCAAACUGAAAUGUGACGAACGCACACUGAAAAAUCCAGACAUCAAAGUUGUGGACUUUGGGAGCGCAACGUAUGAUGAUGAGUAUCAUAGCACUUUGGUGUCUACGAGACAUUACAGAGCUCCUGAAGUUAUCCUAGCACUAGGAUGGUCGCAACCAUGUGAUGUCUGGAGCAUAGGAUGUAUUCUCAUAGAGUACUACCUUGGAUUCACAGUGUUUCCGACCCAUGACAGCAAAGAACACCUGGCAAUGAUGGAGCGAAUACUGGGGCCUUUGCCAGAUCACAUGAUAAAGAAAACCAGGAAACGCAAAUAUUUCAUUAAAGACCGUCUGAAAUGGGAUGAACACAGUUCUGCCGGUAGAUACGUCUCAAGGCGCUGUAAGCCACUGAAGGAAUUCAUGACCUGCCAUGACUCUGACCACGAGAACCUCUUUGACCUCAUUCAGAAGAUGCUGGAGUAUGACCCAGCCAAGCGCAUUACUCUGGAAGAGGCACUGAAACACCCAUUCUUCUUCCCACUGAGAGGGCAAAAAAGGCCACUGUCCCCUGUAGCUGAGCAGGCUGAUGCAGGUGUCAGUCCACCAAAGAAACAGAAACAUAAAAAGUGUUAAUCUAUUUAUUGUACAGUUAUUUUGUAAAUGCCUUAUUUUGUAUUGUGACUUUUUUGGAUACUGAAGUUUAAUCCGGCUGCUGACAUAAAACUUAUUUAAGAAAAAGAUGCUGAUGAACCUGGUUGUUUCCUCAGUAAGUAAAAAUCUUGGGACACUUUUAACAUGGAGAAGAACAUCCUCUACUGUAUAAAAUAUGCUUCCUAACAGGCAAAAAGGUAUUUUAAUUAUGGUUUUGCUAUUUUAAUUGUUUUAUUCAACUGUCAUUGGCGUAGCAAAAGACCUAGGAG